UCCCCCAGUUUCGAGAUAGCAUCCAAAGGAGUAAUGUCAAUCUGCCGGCUGCAAACUCGUGCAUCGUCCAUUCUUAGUACGUCGAUCCGCUUGUUUAGUUCUGCAAUUGCGAAAAGUAUGGAUAAACACGAAGUCGUCCCGGACGUGGUACCGGUUGCACCGACCGAAGUGGCCAAGGUAACGUACCCGAGCGGUGCGGUCGUGAGCGAAGGAAACGUUCUCACCCCAACCCAGGUAAAGGACGUACCGAAGGUGGAGUGGAAUGUGGAAAGUGGCGCCAUGUACACGCUCUGCAUGACCGAUCCGGAUGCACCGAGCCGCAAGGAACCGACGUACCGCGAAUGGCACCACUGGCUGGUAGGAAACAUUCCCGGAGCCGACGUCGCGCAGGGAGAAACGCUGUCGGCGUACGUUGGAUCGGGUCCACCACAGGGCACCGGUCUCCACCGUUACGUGUUUCUGGUGUACAAACAAAAUGGCAAACUAACCUUCGACGAGCCACGGCUGACCAACACUAGUGCGGACAAUCGUGGUGGAUUUGCCAUCCGCAAGUUUGCCGAGAAGUACAAGCUGGGCAACCCGGUUGCUGGAAACCUGUAUCAGGCCGAAUAUGACGAUUAUGUGCCGCUACUGUACAAGCAGCUGGGUGCAUAAAAUGGGCUAAAUUGGCUUAAUUGAAGCGAAGCAGCCUUCGAAACAUUGUACCGUAUUGCACUUAUUAUAUGCUUGUUGAAAAUCAUUUCCACGCAAGCGAUAGAAGUUGCUAGAAGCAAAACCUGAAUUCUGGAAGAAAAAAAGCAAAAAGAAUAAAAAUAAACACCACUGAUAAACCCCCCAUCCACGGUGCAAAAAGUCCCGAAGUUGUG